AUGAGCAUUGAGUCGGGGAAAGAUAGCAAUGAUGGCCUGCAUACACUUCACGACCUGCCUCUUCGGGAACCCGUUUCGUCUCCUCUCCCCGGCGCACGAAUUAACGGUGACAGCAACACAGCACCGUUGAGGGCUGCUGCAUCAAUCGCCAUUAACCCCGUUGCGUUAGUUACAACAGAAUGCAUUGCAGUUACGUCGGCUAUGCGAAAACAUGCGAGAUGGGCACACUCGUCCGUGGCAGCAAUCUUGGGCGGAGGCGUGAGUUCGCGGGGUUUGGACAGGGAGACUCCGACCCCCAUGAGCCCGGCGAACAUUGCACUCAGCUCGAAACCCACCCAGAAAUAUGGAGCUACAAAACCUGGGGCUCUAGACACGGAAGGAGACUAUUCACUGGCGGGUAGAUGGGGGCUGAGAGGGAGAAGAGGCAAAAGUAUCCAGGAUAACCCAUUGAUGUCAGCGUUUACCCGGCUCCGGCUUGACCUGAAGGAUUGUAACGAUAUAAAUUCAUUCGAUACACCAUCCCUAUUGCACCCGUUUUUACAGGUCAUCCGCUCCUCUUCAACUUCUGCCCCGAUAACGUCGUUGGCUCUUUCUGCUAUAACCAAAUUUUUCGCUUACAACAUCAUCAACCAUGCGUCUCCCCGCUUAUCAGUGGCGUUGCAAUUGCUAUCUGCAGCCAUUACGCACUGCCGUUUCGAGGCUAGUGAUUCGGCUGCGGAUGAGAUUGUUCUCCUUCGAAUACUUAAGCUCAUGGAAGGGAUGCUCUCACGACCAGAGGGAAACUUGCUAGGUGAUGAGAGUGUGUGCGAGAUGAUGGAGACUGGGCUGAGCAUGUGCUGCCAAGUUCGUUUGUCGGAAGUACUUCGAAGAUCGGCUGAGAUGUCGAUGGUGAACAUGUGCCAAAUAAUUUUCCAGAGGCUCGCACGGCUUGAGAUCGAGGAUGGGACCUUGUCAGCUUCAGAGAUUGGGAACGAAAAGGCUGAUGAAACUUCGAAGAAUCUCAAAAUGGACCCUUCAGUGGAUGGGGAAACCGUAGCAUCACAGCAUGCAUCAAGUUUAGGAACUGACUCCGUUAACCCUGAAAGGGAGGAACGUGUGAGUGGAGACAGUUCAACAAAUAUACCCGUACAAGUAGAAGGGGACGGCCCUGCUGCACACACAGAUCCAUACGGGGAUAUAGAAAAGGAGAUGAAACCUUAUGGGCUGCCUUCGAUCCGCGAGCUUUUCCGCGUUCUUAUUGAUCUGCUUGAUCCACAUAACCCUCAACACACAGAUGCAAUGAGAGUAAUGUCUCUCAGGAUCAUAGACGUAGCCUUAGAGGUUUCUGGUCCCUCAAUAUCAAGACAUCCAAGCCUUGCGCAACUCGCUAAGGAUGAUUUGUGCCGCCACUUAUUUCAACUAAUAAGAUCAGAUAAUGUUGUCAUUUUGAAUAGCUCACUAAGAGUUGCUGGCACAUUACUUGCAACGUGUCGUCGCGUUUUGAAACUACAACAGGAACUGUUUCUCUCUUACCUUGUUGCCUGCUUGCACCCAAGGGUUGAUAUACCUCGAGAAGAUGGAAUUGAUCCAUCUCUCUACUCUGGUGUUCCAAAGGCUCCAAAGUUAGUGAAACCUUCACCCUCGCAAGCAGGAAGUGGCAGGUCAACACCAGUGCCUGUUAAAGACCGCCAAAAGCUAGGCAUGGAAGGUGGUUCUCGAAAACCUGAAGCUAGAGAAGCGAUGGUUGAGAGUAUUGGAGCUCUCGUUAGAAUUCCUAACUUUAUGGCUGAGCUUUUCAUAAACUACGACUGUGACGCUGACCAGGCAGAUCUUUGCGAAGAUAUGGUUGGCCUAUUGUCCCGGAAUGCAUUUCCAGAUUCUGCAACUUGGAGCACUACUAAUGUUCCUCCUCUCUGUCUUGAUGCACUUUUAGGCUACGUUCAAUUCCUAGCUGACAGACUCGACCAAGGGCCACCUAGUGUUGACGAUCCCGACCUGAAGCGGCUACGAAGUCAGCGUGAGAAAAAGAAAAUUAUUAUUCAGGGAGCUGCAAAAUUCAAUGAAAAGCCUAAGGCAGGCAUAGCAUUCCUUGCAUCCAAGGGUAUAAUUGAAGACCCCGAUGACCCAUUGACUGUGGCAAAAUUUUUAAAAGGGACCACAAGAAUUUCCAAAAAGGAGCUCGGUGACUUCUUAUCUCAUAGGAACAAUGAACCACUACUAAAUGCAUUUAUUGGAUUACAAGAUUUCAAAGGGAAGAAUGUUGUUGAGGCCUUGAGAGAGUUAUUAGGGUCCCUACGUUUGCCUGGUGAAGCUCCAUUGAUUGCAAGAAUCGUUACCGUUUUCUCGGAAAAGUACCUUGACGCUGUUCAUCCCGAAGAAAUUGCGGAUAAAGACUCACUCUUCGUCCUUACAUAUGCCAUUAUUCUUCUAAACACCGAUAUGUAUAACCCGAACAUCAAACCUCAAAACAAAAUGACUUAUGAGGGAUUCGCUAAAAAUCUCCGUGGUGUCAAUAAUGGAAAGGACUUUUCGACAAAGUAUCUGCAGGACAUAUACUCGUCAAUCCAGGAUAGUGAAAUUAUCUUGCCGGAUGAACACGAAAAUAAACAAGCCUUCGACUUUGCUUGGAAGGAGCUACUUUCGAAGGCAAAGACGGCAGGAAAUUUGUCACUUUGUGAAUCAAAUGCAUUCGAUGCCGAUAUGUUCGAAGCAACCUGGCAGCCCGUUAUCGCGACUCUUUCCUAUGUUUUCAUGUCGGCAUCGGACGACGCAGUGUUCUCCAGGGUAGUAAUUGGUUUCGACCAGUGUGCCAAAAUUGCUGCGAAAUACGGACUAAAAAACGUCCUGGAUCGCAUCAUUUAUUGUCUAAGUUCCAUCAGCACGUUAGCAUCGACGACACCUUCAAAUACCUCCCUUAAUACCGAAAUACAAGCGGGAAAGAAGAGCGUCAUGGUUAGCGAGCUUGCUGUCCGGCUAGGCAGGGACUUUAGAGCGCAACUUGCAACUGCGGUCCUCUUCCGGGUUAUCGUUGGUAACGAAGCUAUAAUACAGAAGAACGGAUGGGAUCAUAUCAUUCAAAUUCUUCAUAACUUAUUCAUCAAUUCCCUAAUCCCUCAGUUUGACACCUUCUCGAAGGUUCUGGACAUGCCCCCUAUCCCCCUUCAGCCACCGUCCCAAGUCAUUGAUCGUGACAAUCGAGAAAGUGACACCAGUUUAUUCUCUGCGUUUACGUCCUAUCUCUCGAGUUACGCUGCAGACGACCCACCCGAGCCGUCUGAUGAGGAACUUGAGAACACUUUGUGCACUGUUGACUGCAUUAAUGCCUGUGAUGUAGCUCAACUUUUCACCAAUAUAAGGAAUAUGCCACCCGACUCCGUGGUGUUAUUUGUUGAAUCUUUGCUCUCUGGACUUCCAGACACUGGUGCUGCGGUGAUUGUUGUUAAACCCGAACGCCCAGUUCCAAACCUGCAUAGGUCUGAAAAUAGCAAGGUUGACAAGAAUAAACCAGCAUACAAGCCCGGUGUUUUAUAUAUUCUUGAACUAGCCACUGUUCUCACUCUCCGAGACAAGGAUACAAUAGAACGGCUUGGCGACAAAUUGACCGUUGCUCUCCAAGACAUUGUACGGGAUGCCAAGAACAUACAUCCCCUUAGUCUAUCCCGUGCUGUUUAUUACCUUCUAACACUUCUUCGCCAUAGCUAUGAACAACCAUUCAUGCGACCGCCGGUGGUGCUACAUAUAAUUUCCAGCUUUGACCAACCUAUUCUUGAAGUGGUUGCGACUCCCGUCGUUACCGGCUUGUUGCAAUGCAUUAACGAAUCCGAAGCAUUAAAAAAUGAGCUUAGCACGUCGCCAGAUUUCUGGUCAAUUCUUCAGAGGUUGCACCAACACCAAGAUGCCGCGCAGAUGGUCUUUGCACUGUUACAGAGCAUUGUUGAAUCGUCUGUUCCGGUUAUCACAGCGGAUAAUUAUGAGGCUGCGGUAAACCUUACAAACGAAUUUGCAACCGCUGGUGGAAUUGCUACAGUGAGGGAGAUUAAACGAGAAAUGGCAAUUCGCCGCCCUAAGCCAGUCAAACAAGUGAGAGUUCGAGACAAUCCAUAUGUCAUCCGCGGAACUAAAGCUAUUGGCGUAAUAUAUCGAAUCACAGGUCGGAUACCAGCGCUCAUCCAGCAGUCACACUUAGAACGAAACGAAGCAUGGGCAGCAUACUGGUUCCCGAUAUUUAACACUCUUACAACUCAGGGUCUCAGUCCAUGUCGUGAUAUUCGCAAUCAAGCCAUGUCUGUACUUCAGAGAUCCCUGUUGUCUCCAGAGCUCGCGUCGACGGACCAUACCGAGUGGGUUGCAAUCUUUGGAAAGGUGCUGUUCCCACUGGUCUUAACGCUACUCAAGCCAGAGGUGUAUCAGUCUGACCCCCUGGGCAUGAGCGAAACACGAGUCCAGGCCGCUACACUUUUGUGCAAGAUAUUCCUACAUUACCUCGUCCUACUUUCUGAGUGGGAAGGUAUGCUGGACCUGUGGCUGAGAAUAUUGGAUAUCCUGGAUCGAAUGAUGAAUAGCGGGCAAGGAGACAGCCUUGAAGAGGCAGUGCCUGAGAGCCUUAAAAAUAUCCUCCUCGUUAUGGCGGAUGGAGGAUACCUGGCCGCACCGCCAAACGAGGACCCUGCAAAGGAAAAGAUGUGGAUAGAGACGCAAAAGCGGCUUGACCGUUUCCUUCCUAACCUUUUUGUAGAGAUAUUCCCUCCUAUAUCAGCAGAUACACACCCUGCAAGGCCUGAGGGUAGUGGUACAAUGCAGCCCGAGGCAAAACAACAAAGCAGCCCGGACGCCGGCAAUGACAAGGACCGGAACGUUGCCGUGCCUAGAGAGACAGGUAAUGCAGAUACAGACGCAGGUGAAGUGGGACAGGCCGAACCAGCGGCAGCUGAGUCUGACGAUGAAGUAGAUUAA